AUGGACGCAACGUCGCCCUUCAUCCGCACGCACCUCUACCGACGCGUCCGCAUCCGUUCCCAGCCCAGCCUCGACUUGUUCUGCUCGACCGUCGCCGCCAAGCCAGACCUUGCGGCUGCUGUCAUCGAGCUUACAAUCGACUUGAGCGCGGAGGAACGCGCCUAUCGCGAUGCAGCGCACGCCGACGAGGACGGUCCGCGCCCAAUACCUCGUUUUGUCGGAGUCCUCAAGGCCUCGGCGACGAAGCUUACGGCGAUGAGCUGCAAGCUCGUCAACUUGCGUCAGCUCGCACUCGUCGAGUGUCCAGCAGUUUUGGGCGACGCGGUCUUGCUUGACGGUCCGGAAGGCGCACUUUCUCGCCUCGAGGUGCUGAACGUGGACGCUUGGGAACCUCGCAACGGCCAGCGGAAGGGACGCAGGGAGUUCAACAAGCGGCUUGCGACCUUUCCGACGCUGCGGACCCUCCGACUUUCCGUUCGCGACACUGGACUACCCAUCGUCCCCCGUGCGGACGAAUUCAGUGCUCCGUGCAAGAGCCUACGGACCCUCGACGUUGACGCUUGGCGUCCCGAUGCUGGCGACCCUUCGUACGAUAUCGGGCGGCUUUUCCCGAACCUCCGCUCAUUCGUCGCACACCAGCUCGAGGAGUAUAAUACCGUCAUACCCAUGGUUGAAACGCUCCCAAACCAGCUCGAAGAGCUGUAUCUGUGGAGGUACCACGAGUUCUUCGGUCGUCUCAUGCCAGUCGACAUUGUUCCCCUGCUUCCCUCCUUUCCCCGCCUCCUAUAUCUGCACCUCUCCCAAGGCACCUUCACGCCCGAUUCUCUCCUCCGAUACCUUCGCGCCGCGCCUCAGCUACGACAGCUCAGCUUCGGAUGCGCCUCCGACAUUUCCGACGCCACUCUCCUUGCCAUCGUUUCCCUGCCGCAUCUCGAGUCGCUGGAGCUGGACCAUGCCCUGGGUCACCAGGGCGAGAGUCUUCUCGAGCAAUUCGAGCAACGACAGUUCCGAGACGGUGCAACUGUUGACCCCGUCUGGGAUCCGCUCGACUGGGACUGGCAGGAACCGGAGUUUCCUCCCGGCGCAACGCUCGAGGGUAUCGAAUCGGUCGUCAGCCUUGCGCAGAUCAGGGGCAUUAAGGUUCAAGGGACGGCAAUCGGAAUUCCGAGGGACUGGGAGGCAGCUUGGCGGAGGGAGCGGGUCACUGUUGUUGCCGAGCACUUCGUCACGACGGGCGACCUGUCGUGGCUCGAGCCGUCGGGAGUGAACUUGGUUGAGGUGACGCAGUAUCUUGGCGGGUCCUUGCGCUCGUUGCGGGAAAAGCACGGUGUUCCUUCUCCCCUCGCUGGCGUUGCUUCCCCCCUUGAGCAGCCUCUGUAG